GUGUUAUCCAUCAGAAUGAAGGUCUUCGUAGUCUUUUUCUUGGCCAUUGCUUCCGUUUCUGCUGGAGUUUUGCCUCAGGAUAUUGCAGUCCAUCCUCGCGAUAGUAUUGCUGCUCCAUCCAUUGAAGGUCGCAUUACUAAUGGAAAUAAGGCAGCUACGAACCAGUUUCCCUACCAGGUGGGUCUCAGUUUCAAAAGCUCCUCUGGUAGUUGGUGGUGCGGGGGCUCAAUCAUCGCAAAUACUUGGGUUCUAACUGCUGCCCAUUGCACCAAAGGAGCCUCUUCCGUGACCAUAUACUACGGUUCAACCGUUAGCACCAGUGCCAAAUUAAAAAAGAAAGUCUCCAGCUCCAAAUUUGUGCAGCAUUCCGGCUACAACGCGGCUACUUUGAGCAACGACAUCUCCCUGAUCAAGACUCCAUCUGUAAAAUUCACGGUUGCCAUAAAUAAGAUCGCUCUGCCUGCCAUCGCCAGCAGCUACUCCUCUUUCGCUGGACAGACUGCCAUCGCCUCCGGAUGGGGCAAGACCUCAGAUGCUGCCAGUUACACUACCUCCAACCUGCAAUACGCUGAAUUCCAGGUUAUCACCAAUGCCGUGUGCCAGCAGACCUUUGGAUCCAUCAUUACUAGUGGAGUGAUCUGCGUGGCUUCCACCAACAAGAAAUCAACCUGUCAGGGAGAUUCUGGCGGUCCUUUGGCCCUGAAUAGCAAGCUGAUUGGUGUCAUCUCGUUUGUAUCCGCAAUGGGAUGUGAGAAGAAUACCCCAGCUGGCUUUACUCGCGUGACUAGUUACCUGAAUUGGAUCAAGGCUAAUUCCGGUGUCUUUUAUUAGGUGAUAUCUAUAAAGAUCCCAUAGUUAAGUCGCAUGAAAGUAAAUAUAAAUUGGAAAUAUAUUUCAGUUAUAUAAAGCACAA